AUGUCCACUGAAUCUGCUUUGUCCUACGCUGCUUUGAUCUUGGCCGAUGCCGACAUCGAAAUCACUUCUGAAAAGUUGUUGACUUUGACUGAAGCUGCCAAGGUUCAAGUUGAAGGUAUCUGGGCUGAUAUCUUCACCAAGGCUUUGGACGGUCAAAACUUGAAGGACUUGUUGGUCAACUUCAGCGCUGGUGCUUCUGCUCCAGCUGCCGCUGUCGGUGGUGCUGCUGCCGGUGCCGCUGCCGGUGAAGCUGAAGAGGAAAAGGAAGAAGAAGCCAAGGAAGAGUCUGAUGACGACAUGGGUUUCGGUUUGUUCGAUUAA